AUGGCCUCCCGCUUCGUCUCGGCCGGCGCAAUCGACCCGGCCACCGGCGAGGCCGCCGCCGUGACGACGGCACCACCACCACCGCCACUACUAUUAGCGACCAGCGCCACCACCGCUGCCACUAACACUACCACCACCGCCGCCACCGACGGGGCCAUGGCGGACGAGUGGCUCGCCGUGCAAAAAGAGCUCGAGGCCGACAGGCGGCGCCGCGAAGAGCGGAGGGCCGGCGCGGCGGCCGAGGCGGCGGGGGGCGGCGAGAAGACCCUGUACGAUGUGUUGCAGGCGAAUAAAGCCGCCAAGCAGGCAGCCUUCGAGGAGGCAAACCGGAUCAAGAACCAGUUCCGGGCGCUCGACGACGACGAGGCGGAUUUCCUGGACGGCGUGCGGGAGAGGCAGCGGGCCGACGAGGAGAGGCUGAGGCGGGAGACGGAGGAGGGGCUGAGGGCUUUCAGGGAGGCGCAGAGGGGUGCUGGUGCUGGCGGUGCUGAGACUGGGGAGGGGGCCGGGGAGAGCGCGGUCGGCGGUGGGGAGGAGGACGGGGAGGAGGACGGGGCUGUGGGGUGGAGUGGUGGAGGGGCGGGUGGGAGGAAGCGGAAGAGGGAUGGUGGGAGGACUGGGCUGAGGGGGGUGGUCAAGAGGAGAGUUAGUCGGGAUCCGCAGGGGAAGGGGAAGGGGGAUGGGGAUGGCGCAGACACCGGGAAGGAGCCGGCGCCUGCGAGGCGGACAUCGGGUGCCUCUGAGCCUGGGCGGAAAGCCUCUGUUGAGGUGCAAGCGAAGGGGGCAGUAGGUGGGCCCAAGACGUCGCCCGCUCCUGCCGCUGCUGUGGGUAAACCGAAGUUGGGGCUGGUGGACUACGGUUCCGAUUCCGACGAGGAUGAGGAUGAGGACGAUUGA